AACAACGAAGAAGAAGUAGGAGGUAGCACCGGAAAAAGAAGUUGCUACUACUAGCCAGCUAACUAUGCUAACCUGUCAUCGGUUUCAGAUUAUCAACCAUACAAAUUAUGUCUUUUAAACGGGAAGGUGAUGACAAGAGUCAGUUAAACAUACUCCAGAAGCGUCGCGUAGCGGAUCUUCUGUCUAAUUUCAUACCAGACGAUGAAGCGGCUCUAAUGAGAAACGGAAGAUACAGCUGCGUGGUGUGCUCGCACCGUCCGGUGUUCGACACCGUGGACACGCUGACGGUCCACAGGAACGGGAAGAGGCACCUGGAAGGAUUAAAAGCGUUCUAUGGCAAGAAAGCCCGACUGAAGAAUGAAAGGUUGAAACGGCAUCACGAAAACUACGUCCAGGCCGAAGACACAAGGCAGGAGCCCUCCUGUUCAGCCCCUUUGCUGGAACAAACACGGCGGCUGACGCAUCACGCUUUAUUGAAGACGGCGCCAUAUAACAGCUGCCAUACAAAAACAAGUACGAAAUCGGAAAAGGGGCCGCCGAGCACCGGCUCAGAAUUCAGCCUCAGCGCCUGCAAACAGACGACGUCCCAACAACAAAAAGAAAAAAAGAAAUCUGAAGAUUCCCAGAGUUCAGCAGCCGGUGAAGGGGCACCACCGUCAGACCUAGAAGGACCUAAAGGUGCAAUGCCGCUGGAGAAGGAGAAGCAGGAGGAGCCGUUACCCGAACAGAGGAGGAGAGAGCUGCAGCACUAUCUCAAACUGAAAAGUGACGGGUGGCUGAAGGACCGCAGCGGCCAGUGGGUGAGGGACGAGAAUGUGGAGUUUGAUUCAGACGAGGAGGAGCCUACUUCCCCCGGCCCCCUUCCUACAAGUCCCUGAGAAAGGACCAAGAACUGUGGGAAAGCACAGGUGAACUUUCACCCCAGUGGUGCGUUCAGGGGCCACCGUGCGAGCAUUUCUCUUCAUGAACCUUUUAAUGGAUUCUACGCUUUUCCCGUGUGAGACUCUUCAGCGCCUUUGUGAUCUUGGGGCGCAAUCGCUCACGUUGCGAGAGAAUAAAAGAAUUUGAAGAAGGCUCUCCUCAGCUCUGCCAAUACGCUCGGGGUCAAAGUUCAAUGUGCCAUGUCAUGAGAGAUUAGUACAACCCAAUUGAAUGCAUGUGGCAGGAAACAGAACGUUUGUAGGGAAAGGACGGAGUUUUGUGUUUGACGGAUCUCGCUUACUGCCCCUCUUGACAUUUCAUUGUAAUCUUCUCCAACCUCAGCGGUCGAGACUUUAAACAACGCCCCAAACCAACCGGACCUCCAUCACACUCGUGUGUUUUCCCUCCUGUCACCUACAGAACCAGCGAUCUUAUUCCCAGGCUCAGCGGGGCAGUUUCAUCGGAGCCUCCGCUUGGCUUUCCUCACAGGGUGUUUGCUCUGUGCUCCUCCCGGCACACAGCCGGUAUGACUCCGAUAACACCGUCAGGGUCAGCGGGACUUAGCACGGGGGUUAGUUUCUGAUGACACUGCUAAUGUGUGUUAAAAAAAAAAAGAAGCACGCUCAUCUGAUUAGAUCUGGAGCUGAGAGCAUCACGGCGAGAAGACACUUGAUAAAGUUCACCUGAUUGUGGAGACUCGCAUCAACGACCUUUAACAUCAGCUGCCGUUUCACUUGUGCCACUUUAAUGUACCAGGGACGUGUGUGUGUAUAUAUCUAUGAUAAAAGAAACGGGCGGAACAUGAUUACAAUAAAUACGUCGGCCCCAGCAUGCAUUGCAACCAGGCUUAACGGUCAAAGAGGAGAGAAGUGUGUAGUUUGUGGCUUUGAGUGACGGGACCUGUGGGAGCUUUCUAUCUUUCAUGCAAUGGUUUUAUCAACACAAAAAUGGAAAAAAUGGCCAAAAGAAAUAAAGCGGACGCAGUGAACAGAG